GUGCCACUGGCACAUGAUUCUUCUGUUUACAGCACAGCCAUCCGGUGAAAACAUGGAGGACGCCACCAGCAGUAAUCCUCAAUCUAUUGGAUUUACAGAUAAAUUAAAAUCGUGGCUGUCCUGGUCAUGGACAUACAUAUGUGCUGUUUGGUUUGCCAUGGUUUUAACUAUGAUCUAUGUUCUGCGAAGCCCCUUGAAACUGCAGGACACUCUUACCUCGGGUGAGUUAGCUAGCUGUAAUGCAGAGCCAUCUAUGAAUGGGCAAGCUAGCUAGUUAGCUAAUGUAGCUAGCCAGCCUGCUAGCUAACAAAUAGAAAUCGAGAGACAGUGGAUGAACUGAAAGUUUGACAGUUCCAUAGCCAGCAUCUCAGGAUGGCUUAUUUAUUGAUUGUUAGCUAGAAAUAUUAGCUAGCUAAUGUGGCUAGCUAUUAGACAUAUGGCUAGCUAGCUGUUAUGCUUAUGCAUUACAACUAACCAGCUAGCUAGAUCGCUAGUUUACAUCAUUCAAACUAGCAAUGCAUAGUGAUGGCAUUAGUUUCUUAGUCAGUGUGGCAUUCGCUAAUCGCUAGAGACAUAGCUAACUAGCUAUAUCUAUCUUCAUUGAUGGCCAUGUUACUUCAACAUCGCUAGCUAGGUACACUGACCCAGCCCAGGAGGAUCUGUUUGUGGUGGGCUCUGCAUUGUCAGCCUCUAACUUACGUUCAGUGUUCAAUCUGAAUCCCAGUCUUAGUCAGUCAGACAUGUGCAGUGUCAUUCAUUUGUGUGUUAUGGAUUUGUUGUUUCAGCAUCUGUGUUCUUGAAUACACUGACCCCUAAAUUCUAUGUGGCACUCACUGGAACAUCCUCUCUCAUCUCUGGCCUAAUCUUGGUGAGUUGUGAAGAUCACAGGGUUAUUCACUGCAUGGGGUUGGUGAAUAUAGUUAGCCUUGAUUGUAGUUUGGACACUCUACAUUGGGAAAUGUGCAUUUCAGAUACCAACACCAAAGGUAGCCUAGAUUCGUUGUACAGUUAGCUAGUGCACAAUGAUAUGAUAUUAAUAAAAUAAAUGACAAUCAAUUUAAUUGUUAAGAAUAUUUGUAUACUGGUACAUUGCUCUCUGUAUGACUGUCCCAAUCCCCUGCCUGCAGAUAUUUGAGUGGUGGUACUUCCGUAAGUAUGGGACCUCGUUCAUUGAGCAGGUGUCUGUUAGCCAUCUGCGGCCUCUCCUAGGUGGGGUGGAGAGCAGCACGACCACUGGCCUGUUCUCCUCAGUCAACGGAGAGACUGAGCCCAGACCAAGUGUCUCAGGUAAACAUUUCACCAAUAUUAUGGUUCCCCAAACAGACCACAGACCUGGGUCUUAUUAAUUAGUGCACAGCACACUGUAGCAAACCGCAGCUAAACAUUUUGCAACGGACAACAAAAACUAGCAUUUCUGAUUGGACAAGUUAAUUUACUCUCUCACUGUUUCAGUCCGUUUUCUUCCAUUUGGUGGCCAGUGAAUAUGUGACCCAGGUUUGCAAGGCCAUCAAUAUAAUGAUACAAUGACACUUGUCUUUUGCAGAGUGUAAAGUUUGGAGGAAUCCUUUAAAUCUAUUCAGAGGAGCAGAAUACAGCAGGUACGUACAUCCCCACCACAGGAUGUCACUCAUCCUGAGUUUAGCUACACUGGCCUCCUAACUUAAGGUAAAUUGCUAUUUGUAAAUACUUCACCCGAACACUCUUUAUUUUGUACCCCUCUAAAGGUACACCUGGGUGACUGGAAAAGAGCCUUUGACCUACUACGAUAUGAACCUGUCUGCUCAAGACCACCAGACCUUCUUCACUGGCGACACUCAGCAACUCAAGCCUGAAGAUACUGGUUAGAAUCUAAUCUUUUCAAUCGGUAUAUCAUGAAAUAGCGAAAGCCAAAGUUUACAUUUCUGGGAAGGAAUAGAAUCCUACAUUCUUUGUAAAAGCCUGCUUUGGGCCUUAUUGGCCUCACUCCUAUGUCUCUGAUGAUAGUGUUCUGGAUCCAUUUCUAGGCAAAACAUUCAGUAUUUGUUAUAUUUUUCUGUCCUCUUGCAGUAAUGCAGAAGGCCUGGAGGGAGAGAAAUCCCCAAGCCCGGAUCAGAGCAGCUUACCAGGCCAUAGAGAUGAACCACGAGUGAGUUCCACCACCAUAACAGUUUUGGUGGCGGUUCAAAGACAUUGCAUGCUCAUUUAGGAAAAUCCUAAAUGAAUAGUCUUAUUCAGCAAAACAAGUAUGUAUAUUCUAUGAAGUAGAAAGCAUAGCUAGUGUUUUCCUUGUGGUUUUUAGGUGUGCUGCUGCCUAUGUACUCCUGGCUGAGGAGGAAGCAACCACCAUCACAGAGGCAGAGAGGCUGUUCAAACAAGCCCUGCGGAGCGGUAAGAGAGAACAGAGAGGACAGGACCAAAUCACAAGCUUCAGGCCUUUUACCUUUUAGAAUCAUUAGUCAGGGAUGGGAUUUUUAUAAUUAAAUGCAAUACAUUUCCUCUCUUGCAUAGCUGGCAAAGACAUCAACUUGCUGGUGUAUAUCAAACGCAGACUGGCUAUGUGUGCACGCAAGCUGGGACGCAUCAAGGAGGCAGUGAAAAUGAUGAGAGAUGUGAGUGUUGCCAUUUCCUUAACCAGGGGUGUUCAAAUCAGGGCCUUGACUUCUGCAUUAUGGCUGUCUAUGCAGGUAACGUAGCAGUUAGAGCGUUGAGCCAGUAACCGAAAGGUUGCUGGUUCGAAUACCCAAGCAGACAAGGUGAAAAAUCUGUCUGUGUCCUGGAGCGAGGCAAGAACAACACAUUGUUUUUGCCCUGUAAAAACAACACAUUUCACUGUAUGUAAUAAUACAACAUAUUUUAUUUUUGUAUUACAUUUUUUAAAUUGAUUGAUGCCAUUGAUUGGCUAGAGGGAGAGUUCACUUACCUGGGAUGCGUUCAGUUCGCUUCAACAUUUGCUACAUUGCAUGGCGAUUUGUACUGAAUGACACGUUUUGACAUACCUUUGGGGUAUGUUUGGUGGGUGUGGCAAGGUGUGACUGGAUCAGUAUGGAUGUUACCAUCUGAAAUCGCAAAACUCAUGCAGUACACCAUACACAAUCGCCCUCUGGACCACCAUAAUCACAACGUCUUUUUAACUGGUCGUUCAGUACAGUACCGUUUCCGUUGAAUUCAACAUUUUCCACUGUUUUGUCGUACUGAACGCAACCCUGGUAUCCCAGGUCUGAAUUAGUCGCUGUUUAGAGGAUAAAAGAACAAACAAGUAAUGUGGACCUGGAGGACCUGAUUUUUAUAGUCCUGUCUUUAGCCCUCUUCUAUCAACCUUUAAUACUGGUUAGUCCUGACAUUUUAUGAUUCCUUCUCUCACUUACUGUUCCUUACUUUUCCCAGUUAAUGAAAGAAUUCCCACUGUUGGGAAUGUUGAAUAUACAUGAAAACCUCCUGGAGGCGUUACUGGAGCUGCAGUCCUAUGCUGAUGUACAAGCAGUCCUCGCCAAAUAUGACGGUAAAAUAUAUGCAAUGUAGCAGAUGCUUUUAUCCAAGGCGACAGUAAUGAGUGCAUACAUUUUCAUAUUAGUGGGCCCAGCGGGAAUCAAACCCAUGAUCCUGACGUUGAAAGCAACAUGCUACCAACUGAACCACAUAGGACCACAUGAGAAAAACAUGGUUCAAGCCAACUAACUACAAUAACUUUGAACCAUUCAUGAUUUACAGACUCAUAGUUUGAGCUUAAAGUGAAAUAAACAUAAUUUGUUCUCGUUGUAGAUAUCAGCUUGCCAAAGUCAGCUACUAUAUGCUACACAUCUGCACUGCUGAAAGCACGGGCUGUAUCAGAUAAGUAAGUGUCCCUGUGGAAAAAUGGAUUUGCAUUCUGACAGAAAUGUGGGGAAAAUUUGAUUUAAGAUCCGUUAGUAACCAUUAUUGUACCAUUUUAUAAGACAUACAAAAACAGUAUACUGUAUGAUAUAUACUUGACAUAGAUGCAUCUGUUGUUAUAGGGCAGACAAGUAGCACAGGGAAUUCUCUCUACUAACAAUCAAUACUUUUUUGUGGCACAUCCAACCCCCUAUUUGUGACAAGUGCAGGAGAUCCCCAACUUGAAGCUGUCCUCCUAACUUCUGUCUAAACAUGGGUGUGUCUUUCUCUCUGUCUCUCUCUCUCCAUCCGUCCCAGGUUUUCUCCAGAGGCAGCAUCCCGGCGGGGCCUGAGCACUGCAGAGAUGAACGCUGUGGAGGCUAUACACAGAGCUGUGGAGUUCAACCCACAUGUGCCAAAGGUCAGUCGAGACCCUCAGCCACAGGUCUAGGAUCAGCUUACGCUAUCCAAAUCCUAACCUUAACCACUAAUGGCAAGAAAGGUACAUAUCUAGAAUCAGCUUAGCGUACCCUAUCCAAGUCCUAACCUGAACAAUUAGUGGGGGAAAUGCAACAACUGAGAUAUUACUUUGUCUGUUUAUUCCGUUACCUUUAUUUGAGCUAAUUCUGUCAUAUUUUACAAACACAGGUGAUGGCUAUUUUAGUUAUUUCUCUGUACUCCGUUCUCUUCUGGGGUGAUGGCAGCGUAGAGCGCAUCAACGUCUCUACCAGAAGUGUGCUGACUGUAGUACUUGUAAUGACCUAUGAUAGCCAGCAGGUGUCAGUAUUGCACUGCAUAGGAAAAGUAGCUGAUGUAGUCAGGACUGGACCUGUGAGCCACUUCUACUCACUCUCUCUGCAGCACAGUAGAACAUGGUGCCCUGCACUUAGUGGAUUUUUCUAAAGGUACAACUAUAAGCCUGAUUAUUAUUCCAUUGGCUAUCUAUCAAUUGACUAUGAAGAGUUCCUAGUGAGAUCUGGAUCGUGUUUCUGUAGGGCAUACCGUAGCAAAACGUUUGCAACAGAAAGUACAAAUCUGUGUUUUUAUUGCGUAAGAUCAGGUAGUACAUCCCCCAUUUCAAAAUGUUUUCUACCUACUGAACAGGAACCUGAGGUGUAACCUCGUUGAUCAUGGAUAUGACUGGGCUGGGAUCUGGUCUGGGCGACAACAAGGGGCCUGAUGUGUCUCCCUGCAGUAGACAGACAGAAACAAUUCCUGCACAUCUCUUCCCACAGGGAUUAGUCUUGGAUGUCCCAUAGUAAAACACACAAUCUCACACACACACACACACUCUCUCUCACACUCAUUCACAUACACACUCACGCACACAGAGGUCGCAGUCUCUCUACAGCAAAUGUUUGUGUGUGUUACAUCCCGUGUGCUCCGUGUGUGUGUGUGUGUGUGUGUGUGUGUGAGCUGCGAUGUGUGGCAGUCACAGGCAGCGAGGGGGAAACUCAGUGCUUUGAUCCAGGCUUUGAUGUGAGGGCCCUCAUCCUGAGUGUCUCCCUGUCCCCCACCCUGCCCCAGGGGCAUUGCUGCCCCCCUCUCUACUCCCUUCUCAGCCCCCCUUUGCCCCCUCUCAUCCCCCUGCCACGGCACUGACAAACAGGGCGGGUCAGACUAUAAAGUAGUGAUCCCAGAGAUAGUGCACAUCUACAGCACCUCUGCUUUCAACUGGUGAUACCCUAGACCCUUCAAACUCAACUCUGGACCUCGAAGCCAGUUCCAUUGCAUUUUGUCAUUGUUCCCCUCUAAUCAGGAACUGAUUUAGACCUGGGACACCAGGUGUGUGCAAUUCAUUAUCAGGUAGAACAGAAAACCAGCAGGCUCCGGACCUCGUAGAGUAAGAGUUGAAUACCCCUGCCCUAGACCGUUGAGCUAGGAGAGACUAAUCUGUUCUCUCUGUCUGUCAAUCUCUGUCCCAUUGAAGAAGAUCUUCUCCCUCCCAGUCUUUCACACGGGGUUCACGUCUCAUAAUAGACAGACAGACAGGAAAUACUCCAAACCUUUUAGAAUUUUUCUAAUCCAUCAGAUAUUGACUGAAUUAAAGCACAUAAAACAUUUUACUGGCACUGACAAAUAAUGAGUUCAGGGAUUUUGGUGGGAAUUCAGAUAUAAAAUGUAUUUUCAAGUGUCACUUUGUUUCUUAGAAUGCACUUAUAUACAAUACAGUGCCUUCAGAAAGUAUUCACACCCCUUGACUUUUUCCACAUUUUGUUGUGUAACAGCCUGCAUUUAAAAUGGAUUCAAUUGAGAUUUUGUGUCACUGACCUACACAAAGUGGAAUUAUGUUUUUAGACAUUUUUACAAAUUAAUAAAAAAAUGAAAAGCUGAAAUGUCUUGAGUCAAUAAGUAUUCAACCCCUUUGUUAUGGCAAGCCAUAAUAAGUUGCAUGGACUCACUCUGUGUGCAAUAACAGUGUGUAACAUGAUUUUUGAACGACUACCUAAUCUCUGUACUCCACACAUAUACAAUUAUCUGUAAGGUCCCUCAGUCGAGCAGUGAAUUUCAAACACACAUUCAACCACAAAGACCAGGGAGGUUUUCCAAUGCUUCGCAAAGAAGUGCACCGAUUGGUAGAUGGAUAAAAGCAGAUAUUGAAUAUCCUUUUGAGCAUGGUGAAGUUAUAGUUACAGUUACAGAGUUUGAUGGCUGUGAUAGGAGAACUGAGGAUGGAUCAACAACAUUGUAGUUACUCAACAGGACUAACCUAAAUGACAGAGUGAAAAGGAAGAAGCCUGUACAGAUUAAAAAUAUUCCAAAACAUGCAUCCUGUUUGCAAUAAGGCACUAAAAUUGCAAAAAAUGUGGCAAAGAAAUUAACUUUGUUCUGAAUACAAAGUGUUAUGUUUGGAGAAAAUCCAACACACCACAUCACUGAGUACCACUUUUCAUAUUUUCAAGCAUGGUGGUGGCUGCAUCAUGUUAUGGUAUGCUUGUCACUGGCAAGGAGUGGACUAGGGAGUUUUUCAGGAUAAAAAGAAACAGAAUAGAGCUAAGCUCAGGCAAAAUCCUAGAGGAAAACCUGGUUCAGUCUGCUUUCCACCAGACACUGGGAGACAAAUCCACCUUUCAGGAGGACAAUAACCUAAAACACAAGGCCAAAUAUACACUGGAGUUACUUACCAAGAUGACAUUGAAUGUUCCUGAUUGGCCUAGUUACAGUUUUGACUUAAAUCGGCUUCAAAAUCUAUGGCAAGACUUGAAAAUGGAUGUAUAGCAAUGAUCAACAACCAACUUGACAGAAUUUUAAAGAAAAAUAAUGUGCAAAUAUUGUACAAUCCAGGUGUGCAAAGACUCUUAGAGACUUACCCAGAAAGACUCACAGCUGUAAUCCCUGCCAAAGGUGAAUCAAACAUAUAUGUAAAGUGGUUAUCCCACUGGCUAUAGGGUGAACGCACCAAUUGGUGAGUCGCUCUGGAUAAGAGCGUCUGCUAAAUGACGUAAAUGUGCCCUUGAGCAAGGCACUUAACCCUAAUUGCUCCUGUAAGUCGCUCUGGAUAAGAGCGUCUGCUAAAUGACUAAAAUGUAAAAUGUAAAUGUAAAUAUAUUGGUUGGCUCAAUGCUGUGAAUACUUAUAUAUUUCUGUAUUUCAUUUUCAAUAUAUUAGCAAAAAUUUCAAAGACAUGUUUUCACUUUGUCAGUAUGUGGUAUUGUAGUGUAGAUGGGUGAGAUUUUAAUGUAUUGAAUCAAUUUUGAAUUCAGGCUGUAACACAACAAAAUGUGGAACAAGUCAACGGGUAUGAAUACUUUCUGAAGAUACUGUACAUUUCUAAUGGUAUCAGGUAUUUUUUUCUUUGUUAAAAUAAAGAAAAUUAUGUGCCUAAUUUGCAUAAAUACAAUUGUUGUAUUUGCAUAUAUGAAAACAUUAACAUAACGGGAUGGAACAGGGCUGCAAAAACGUGCUCUGUCUACGCUUACCUGCACUCACCUGUGCUCUCUAGACUGCCUAAUUAAUUACUGUUAUUGUCACUUUCUGUUGCAUAAUUCAACAAGUGUGUCAAUAGCAGGAUAUCCUGGAUUAUAAAUCAACACGUGUGGCUGUAGAUUACACCUAUAUAAACAUACUUUACAGUGUUUGCGAGAGCAGACAUAAUAUCACUAUAAUCCAAGCAAAUCUAGUUUGUAAACAUCUGUAUUAAAUGAUUACUUUUUUUAAAUUCCACAAAAAAUCAACACCCAUCAAAAUAAAGUUAUCUAUCUUCUCUUUCUUGUGAUGUAACUGUCAAAACGAUGCGUUGAAUCCCAGAUGAAGCUUUAGCGUUCUUAUAGAUCCAACGGAAACACAAUGAAUUCCAUUGAGUCCAUUUCAGCCAUUACCGGGGUGUGUUUGACAGAUCAUUACAAACAUUUCCGCAGUAGUAACUUUAACGGGAAAAAAUGACAGGCACAAGCAAGAGUAUGAAAGGGUCGCAGGAGUAAAAAGAAAGCAAUCAAUCCAGUGAGAUGUAAGUGACAGGUGUAUUUUGCACCCCUCAAACACAGGAAAUAGAUGGCUGAAAAAGACAGAUCCUCAGGUGGGUGGCAUGCGCGUUGCUACACGCAGGCAGACAUGAUGACUGACUUAAUGUGGUGACUUGUAAACAGCUGUGUAUGUCAGAGGGUUCUCAGGAGCUCCGGAUUGUUCUGUGACCUCACCAUGUCAAGUCAACACAUUGACUCCGCUAGAGGUUGGGUGCUUUGGUGUUCUUAUAGUGAAAGCUUUUGACUGUUGACUGAGAUUUUGCAGCGGGAUUAUUUCCUGGUCAAAAUUAUUUGUGUCAGACCUGUCUUUAUUUAUUUAUUGAUCAAGGUGAGUCCCAUUGAGAUCUUAUUAAGGUACAGUGUGUAUCUCUUUCACAAGGGAGCUCUGUCCUUGUCUAUCUAAAUGGUCAGUGAGUGCACCUGUAGCCGUAGUGCCCGAGGCCUGCCUGGCGUGGGCUGUUUUCUGCCCAGCAGCCAGUUCACACACAGAUACCAGUUGUUCACUGGACUGGAGCGAGCUGCUCUGGCUCUGUUGUGGGUGGGCUUCCAUUCCCAGCAGCUUCCCCGCAUUCCCCUGCUUCAAUCAACGAGCGAGACCCCCCGAUUCCUCCCCCGGCCUCGGCAACGUGAACCCUUAGCAGCCAGCCCCCCAGCCAGCCAGUCCCCCAGCCAGCCCCCACCAGCCAGCCUUGGAAGAGUGGUGUAAUGAAGGCAAGAUUUAUGGGCAUUCUGGGAGGUCAGGCGUGGGGAGUGUUAGGGCCAGCAUCGCAGCAGGCCUGAGGGGAUUAUAUAUGGACAUCACGCUACAUCACAUGAGCAGACUGCACUAAAUGCUCCACACACCCAGCUGUUUCAGUGCUCAACCUCUUACCGCUCUGCUCGCUCCCCCUCUCCUCUCCACUUUUUUCCUGUCUGUCCCAAUCAGUCUCUCUCUCUCCAAGGAACAGUAGAAAGGUUGAGGAACCAGACAGAGGUAAGCCUGCCUGGCUGGUCAAGUGUUAAGGACACCUGAAUGGGUUUUUAUAUUUAGCACACUUCUGUGGUUAACACUUCCUCACGCAUUAGGAGUGCGCUGCUUUGUGCCUGGUAGCCUAUGUUGUGGCGAUGGCCUCCUCAGCCUUGUUCAGAAUUCAGGUGGAUGCAGGCUUGACUUAGGUAGUAGUAGGUGUGAUCCAACACUUCACUGGAGGAGACGGACGGUAGUAAGAAGUGGCUUGGCACAGAUCUAGGGUCAGCUCACCUUCACCAGAUCCUAACCUUAAUCAUUGGAAGGAACAAUACAAAACUGACCUUAGAUCAGUUUCUUGGCUCAAUAUCAUCCUCCUUCUCCAGCGUCUGUCCAGUACAGUCCACCGCUGCCUGAGGGUGACCUAACAUGGCAGACGGCCUCAGAGGUCACCUAUCCUUCAACAGCACCGUGAGCCAAUGAGACGACGGCUAGAUGUUGUCGACGUGUUCCAUUGUGCUAAAUGCCGAAGAUUAAAAUCUGAGGGAGGCUUAUGAGUUAUGCUCCGGCUUAUUAGUGUUCCAAGAUAAAAGGGGAACAUCAAUGAAACUCAAUCCCUUCAUCAAAGAGGCGACUGGUGAAGGGGGGGUAGGGAGGAGGGAGGCAGCGCAGAGGGCCGAGGUGUUACCCACCCUUAUGCCAGGGCAUGCCAGGAAGGACAGCUGCCAGUCAAAUGCUUUGGUAACCAUCACCUCUACCCUCUUAUUAAACACUGGUAUACCUGGGUAAAAGUGCUGCUCCUAACAGAAUGAAGUAUGCUCAGCAUCUAUAGCAGGGCUCUCCAACCAUGUUCCUGGAGAGCUACCGUCCUGUAGGUUUUCGCUACAACCCUAAUCUAGCGCACCUGAUUCUAAUAAUUAGCUGGUUGAAUAGCUGAAUCAGGUUAGUUAUAACUGGGGUUGGAGUGUAAACCGACAGGAGGGUAGCGCUCCAGGAACAGGGUUGGAGAGCCCUGAUCUAUACAGGAAGCCUAAGUGCUGACUGACGUAAAAGUCUCAAUUUUGGAGAGGACAUGGAAGUCGCACACGCCAUUGAACGACUACAACUCAAAUAAAUCACUGCAAUGAGGAGUGGAGUGUGCAGAAAAUGUAAUUCUCAAAAACUUGAAAAUCACACACAGACAGUUAUCCAAGCAUACCCGUCAUAUCAUAUUAGUGCAGACACACUGUAGCCAGCCAGCUAACACAUCACCUAACUGUCCCUGAGAGAAGAGGAGAGCAGUGCAGAGGGCUGGUCUGCCCUGCGGGCCCUGGGUGCGGCCUCCUGGGCGGGCAGGGCGGCUCUGGGGCUGCUCUGCACUGGCCUGGCUGGCUGGCUGAGCCUGUGACCAUGGGGGGAUUAGACAGGAUUAGCUUUAGGGUAACCUUCCCAAAGUGUCAGUCUAAGACCCAUAGUCCUGUGAAGCAGGCUGCCUGGGAAUCCAGCAGGCCCAUCCCCUGCUGCCCCCACAGCCCAGGGGACCAGUUCAGAGGGGAUUAACGCCACUGCCACGCCGCCACACACACACAGUCCUACACACACACACACACACACAGUCUUAGACACACGGAGGAAAGUCGGCAUCACCACACAGCAUAGGACUGCCUGACUCAAUGGGACAAACUUACACGGGGAGGAGGGGAGGUUACUCUCUGAAUCUAACAAUAACAGAGCAGAGAGAAGCAUUAGAUUUUCCCAACUUGAACAAUUGCAAAACAAGGGCUCCCAACAAAUACCUCACAUGAGGAAAAGUGCAUUUCAGUCUAUCGUUCAAAUAGCCUUAGACUAGGGAAUUAUUGCUCAAAAGGAUAUGGAUGAGGUGCUGACUAAUUCCCAUUCAAAUAAAUGAUCUAGGCUGCCCUUGUCUUUCUUGCACUCACAUUCACACUUUUUUCUUUUUCUUAACAGCACACAUUUUGCAGAUAGCGACUAUGAUUGUGAAAUGUGGUUGUUUACCUAGCACUGAUUGUAAGCCACUCUGGAUAAGAGCGUCUGCAAUGUAACUAUGAUGUCAAUGUCUUUGACUGUAAUGUACUGUAAUGGUGUUAUUUCCUGUCUCCCUCUCUGCUGUAGUAUUUAUUAGAGAUGAAGAGUCUGAUCCUGCCUCCAGAACACAUCCUGAAGAGGGGGGACAGCGAGGCGGUGGCCUAUGCCUUCUUUCACCUGCAGCACUGGAAGAGGGCAGAGGGAGCCUUAAACCUGCUGCACUGCACCUGGGAAGGCAGUAUGUACUGGGACAUUGAUUGAUUGAUUAAUUAGUUGGUUGAUUGAUUCAUUGGUUGAUUGAUUCAUUGAUUGCAUUUCUGGCAAUUAAAAACACAUAGUUACACAUGCAUCAAUGCAUUGGCAGUACUCGCAUAAAAAAAUCAUUGACAUUAAAAUCUAUGCACUUUGAAUCUAUUCUCAUGCUUGAUGUGUUUUUCUGCAUUUCUCUCCUGCCCCUGCAGCUUUUCGGAUAAUUCCCUACCCUCUAGAGAAGGGUCACCUGUUUUACCCCUACCCUGGGUGCACAGAAACAGCAGAUCGGGAACUGCUGCCCUGUAAGUAGCAGGACAAGUCACUACUAUAAAGUAUACUCAACGCAAUGGUCAAUUCUGAUGAUAAUAUGUGCCUCUCUCUCUCUCUGUCUCCCCCCCCCCAUUCUCUCUCCUUCUCUCCUGCAGCCUUCCACGAGGUGUCUGUGUACCCAAAGAAAGAGCUUCCAUUCUUCAUCCUCUUCACAGCGGGCCUUUGCUCCUUCACUGCCAUGCUGGCCAUGCUCACACACCAGUUCCCUGAGCUCAUGGGCGUCUUUGCCAAAGCA